AUGACAAAAAACCUGCACGUUCGCUCGCCUCCACUCCCCCCCCUCCCGCCGUCACCAUACAUACACGAGAGGGUGCGUGAUUGGAGAAGUGCAGGUAGGAUUGAUUUCCCAGAUGCACCGCUUGCCUUUAUUUCCGAUUCCGCUGCAGCAGACUCUCGAGGAAACAGGGGGCUCGAGGGUCCAUGGAGGCAGUGGUGGUUUGGUGGUGGUGUCAUGGAUUUAGCAUUUCUAGCGAUGCUGCUACUCCAUAGGACGGCCUGCUGGGGCCCCUCUUUGCUGAGGGGAGUCUCCGCACCGAGCGGUAGCACAGCACUGUUCAGAUCAAUUACGAGACGUGUUGCAGACUGUAGAGCCUACAGCAGCAGCAACACCUGCAUUAGGAAAGCGAUUGUCGCCGACAACGACAGCAGCAGCCAUACGGCGAGGAGCAGAACGGGAAAGGAAGUAUCCCAGCAUACUCCGAUAGAGGCCGCCCCCCCAACAGACCUUUCAUGCAGCAGCUCCAGAGUGUAUAAACAGCCUGAGGGGCAUAUCGAUGUGGUUUUUAAGUGGGGAAUCGGGAACGCCUUCAGAGCGCAGAAUGCAAACAGGUUCAGACCGGUGCAUGCGGCGCGCCCUCGGAAGGUUUCUCUGCCAGCGUCCUACUUUGAUUCGCCGUGUUUUGCUGUCUCCUUCGAAGCCCUCAACGAGGCGUGGGAAGUGACCUUCUUCGAGAAUAACAAGCGCAGCAGCAAGCCCUUCCCCAUAAAGAAGUGGGGUGUCUUUGCAGCAAAGAAAGAGGCCGUGGCCUUCGCAGAUGCUAUGAAGUCUCAUCGCGCCUCCGUGGCUGCCCCUGGGAACGCUUAUUCGAGCCUUCCGAAACAGCUCGUCUGUCAGACUGACUUUCCGUAUUCACCAGUAUCCAUAGACUCGCUGCCUUGCUCUUCUCCUUCAAUGCGUCUAGUAGGCAGGCGUGUUGUGUGGGAUGGGGUCACGAGCACUUGGGUGUCGCUACUGCAAUUGGAUGGUCGACCCUCGUCGCGUUCAUUCAGUGCUGAGCUCCACGGAUUCCUUAAGGCCAAACAACUCGCAGAGCAAGCCGCAUUGACGGACGCACAACCAGCAUGGGCAGCUCUUGGCGGUACAUCCGUUGGGAACCUUGCCGCCGUCACAGGCCUCUUGCCUUUCCCUUCGAGUGCCCCCCAUAGUCCCCAACAGGAAGGGAGAGAGGCAGCCAUGGCGCGCCUGGCUGCAGCCCCCCAGCACCCCGAAAAAGUCACAACAAAGCGCACAUACCAUUAA